AUGAAUGGCCGCACCGUUAACUAUGAUAAUCUGAAUGGUGUGGGCGCGGGCCGAGCGCUACCGCCACCAGUGCCGCCCAAACCGAGGAUGCCGACAUCUCGUCCAUCGUCGAUAUCGCCGACGCCAAUGAAUCGGCAACCACUCGAGAAGGAAUCACCCGGCUAUGCCCCCUCCAUCACCCGUGGCAGUUUGUUCAGCACAUCGAAGCAGGAGGAGAUUAUCAAAUUCUAG